GCCAUGGCUGACAAAACCGGGACCAAGUUCGCCGAGUUUCCGAGUUUCCGAGUUUCCGAGUAGGACGGUCCGAGCAACUAUAGAGAGUAGAGAUCAUCGGGUAAAGUAGUACAAAAGGACGGAUUUUUAUUUUUCCGAUUUCUUCUUUUAUCUUCGAGGCUUUCGACCAUUGGUGUGCCAAGAUUGAGUUUUUAUUUCUGUUCAUCGUUCGGGUUCAUAGUAUUAAUACCAGGCCAAUCAACUAAUUACGAGUGCAAUCUGAGUUCACUUCUCUGCUUGGUUUGCUAAUGAACUUUUGCUUGUGGAGUUGAUUCAUCUCUGCAAAUGUCAAGUUUACUCAAUAUUUCUCAUGGAUACUCAGGACUCACUAAUGGGGGAGAUAUAAAUACUGUUGCAAACUCUAGAUGGAUCUGCCGCAACGCUGGAGUCAGGUUGUCGUUUCCAAGAGGUGUAGGUUCAUCCAUGAGUAUAAACAUCACAUUGGGCUGGAAGCUUCAGCGUGGGAGAGCAAAGAGCUUAAGUCAGGAGAACCAAGUGGACUUAUGUGGUGAAAAUGAUGAUCUAUGUCCUGUGGAGUGCGUCACUGAGUUCAAGACAGAUGAUGAAUUGCUUAGAGUCCUUGAAAAAUCGAAAGAAACCAACACUCUGGUUGUGGUUGAUUUCUAUCGUACUGCCUGUGGGAGUUGUAAAUACAUAGAGCAGGGCUUCUCAAAGCUAUGCAAGCAAUCUGGUGACCAAGAAGCUCCUGUUAUCUUCCUUAAGCAUAAUGUGGUAGACGAAUAUGAUGAACAAUCUGAAGUCGCUGAAAGGCUCCGUAUCAAGGCGGUUCCUCUCUUUCACUUCUACAAAAACGGAGUUCUCCUAGAAUCAUUUGCAACUAGAGACAAGGAGAGGAUUGAUGCUGCCAUUCUCAAAUAUACGUCCUCGGAAUCUUGAAGCACCAUUCCAUUAAACCGCACUCUGGGGUAUUUUUCCCAUAUCAUUGAAUAUGAUGUAGCUAGAUUGAACAGCACAACAUCCUCAAACAUGUUGUAUACUUGUAUCCUAAAAUCCCUUAUAGGUAUCAUACUGAAUAAGACGGGUGCAACAUUUUGAUAUCUUUUUCAUUUUUGCUUGCCUUUUAUGUCUUCA